AUGAUGCAGACGGUCGUGUCUGUUGCUGCUGCUGACAAGCCGACGUUCGCUGGCUUGGACGCGAGUCCGACCAUGCAGGCCGCGGUGGAAGACAUGCAGGUUCUCGCGUCCAUCACUGAGCCCCUGCUGGAUGUGCUCCUGAACUCCGAGGAGAAGAUCUCCGAGCUUCUCCGAGGGUUGGCUCGAGUCGCCUUCCUGCUCCUGUUUGUGUACAGGAUGAAGAAGACCCGGUUCAAACCGGGCCAGCUCGAUCACGAUCUACAGGCAACCAUCAGGCUUCUGUUUUACGUGGUGCUCGAGGCGCAAGUUCGUUGCCCUAGAGAGAGGCUGUACCUUUGGAUGAUUGGGACUGAUGGGCUAGAAAACCUGUUCGCGAUUGUUCGCACCUUGACGCAUGCCUCGAACGUGGACGCGAAGGAGGCAAUCGAGCGGUUCGGCGCAGUCAUCGGGGUGGAGCAAGUGGACGCCGUUGACAUACUGCGGGGGCACCCUUCGUAUGAGGCGUCGGUGAACAGGGAGACCAUCUCAGAGCUGCAGAAGGUUGGCGUCACGACGUUCUUGCCAUUCGGGGCAACUGAAGGCCUUGCGGGGGGUGAGCUAGAUGCCUUUCUUCACGCCACAGAAAGUGGACCUGGCGAGAUAACGUCGUCCUGCGAGGUCGACGGCAAGCAGAUUCACAAGCAGCGAGCUCUGACGGAGUUCAUGGGUCCAGCGUUCCAGAAUGCGUCGAGAGAUCGGCUGAAGCGCUUGCGAGGCUAUACAGCGGGGCAAUCAGGAUCUGCUACCGGCUCACGCGGUGUCGGUGGGAGGGGGGAGGAGGCAGCUGGCAUUGGCAACACAGAUUCCCGAGGCAUUGUUGUAGGGGACCCGUUUGCUAUGUUGGUGGCGACCCCGGGAAUGAGACCAGCCCAGUACGCCCUGGGCUUGUUCUCCUGCACUAAGGCCCCAAUGGACGAGCAGGCGCAGGAUGGGUCGCCUGUUUUCAAGGGUAGACUGAUGAAGCUGCAACGGUCCAAGGUGGCGCCUGCAGUUGGUGCAGUUCGGCUGGGGGAGGGUGAUGGAACCUCUUCUUCAGAUUUUGGUGAGGACGGUGCGCCUGCUAAGGACUCAUGGCAACACUGGGGAGACCUGGGACUCCACAAAGGGGAGCUAUCUUGCAAAUGUCGCCUCGUCUUAGCGUUGGAUCCUGACGACGACGCCUACCGUGGAGGUCACAUUUUGAAGGACAAGGUGAGCACUGCCUGCGGCUUCUGUGGUGGCGUCGGGCGCCCCACCACCAUUCACGACCCACCAGGCAAGGCCAGGCCCCUUGUGCACUCGACCUGUCCAUCAGCGCCUCGGAGCGACGCACGCCAGGAGGCCGUAGCUCUGAACCUGAGCAGUGCGAGGGCGGGCUCAGAUACCUCACUGUGCACCAACAUGGUCUUCAAGUGCUUCUUCUGCUCCCAGUACAACUACAUCUGGAAGUAUAGCAUGUCCGAUCACAUCACAAGAUGCCACCAGGCGGACGUACUUGUGGCGGAGGGUACGGGAGCCGAUAACUUCAAGGAGACCUGCACUAUCUCAGAGAGCGAGAAGGCCAAGGACACGGGCGAGGAGGAAGAGGAGGAGGAAGAGGAGGAGGACGGGGAGGAGGAGGAGGAGGACUAG